AAAGAGAGAGGGAGAACGAGCUGGUCAACCUUCAGUUCAGUCGGCAAUGGCGACGGCAACGGCUUGAAGCUGCCCGAUUCUCCUUCACAGAGAUAGACAGAGAGAGAGAGAGAGAGAGAGAGAGAGAGGAGACGGCCGCGAUCUCAGAGCAGAAAUGAGCAACCGGCCCCGAUCGCACGCGAUCGUGUCCCACUUCGUCUCGGUGCACCCCCACGAGACCUCCUCUCUCCUCCACGCUUCCUCCUGCUUCUUCUUCAUCCUGAGCGCCUACUUCAUGGUGCUCCCGCUGCGCGACGACGGCGCGAUCUCUCUUGGACUGUCGAACCUCCCCGGCCUCUUCGUCGGAUCGUUGCUGCUCACUCUGGUCGCCGCCCCUGUCUCGACGCUCAUCUUCUCUUCGCCUAACCUCUCUAAAGGCAAGGCUCUGGUUUUGAUUCACAGGUUCUUCAGCAUAACACUUGUCAUAUUCUUCACUCUAUGGCAAUUUUCCUCGCCCGGGUUUUCACUAUACGUAUGGAAGGGGCCUGUUGCUUUGUCUUCCGCAACAGAUGAGGAGGCAGGCGUUGACAUCAAUCACGCCACUCCUUCAUCUCACGCAGGUGGGAAGGAAUAUGGAUGGUUUUACGUGUCAGUUCGAGUGGGAUUGUUCCUUUGGGUUGCUUUGCUUAAUCUCAUCACUAUUUCAUCAACUUGGGCUAGAGUGAUUGAUGUGAUGGACAGUGAGUCAGGUUCAAGACUCUUCGGUUUCAUUGGUGCGGGUGCUACGCUAGGCCAGCUGUUUGGUUCUGUGUUUGCCACGCUAAUGGCCUGGUUGGGUCCGUUGUUGCUUCUCUUUGCUGCCCUUUUUCUGGAACUUGCUGCACAAUCGUCAAAAGGGAUCAACCAAGAUUUAUCUCAUAUUCCUGAAGAGUUAUCUCCCAUCAGACAAAUUGAUGCUGAUCAACAAAAUGACUCUGAUGGGAAGACCGAACCUGCUGUUUCUUCUCCCACAUCAGCUACUUCAGCGGUGAAGCCUCAGCUUUGUGCAAUUUUAGAUGGACUCUGGCUUAUUUUAUCCUCCACAUAUCUAUUACAUGUCUCUUUAUUUCUCUGGCUGAGUGCAGUUGUCUCAUCAUUCUUCUAUUUUCAGAAAGUUACUGUGAUAGCAAUGGCUGUUUCAAGCUCAACUGAUCGGAGAAAAUUGUUUGCCCAGAUUAACAGCUUCAUUGCCAUCUUCAUACUUGCAGGCCAACUCACAUUGACGGGUCGCAUUCUUGCUGUUGCUGGGGUUACUGUUGCUAUCUGUUCUGCUCCUUUGGUUGCCUUGUUGAAUGUGGCCGUGGUUGCAGUUUGGCCUACUUGGGUGGCAGUUGCAAUUUCUGAGACCUUGCGAAAGGUUGUCACGUAUGUUGUUACAAGGCCUGGAAGAGAACUUUUGUUUACUGUAGUCUCGCAGGAUGAGAAGUACAAAGCUAAGGUAUGCAUAGAUGUUAUUGUCCAGAGAUUAGGUGAUGCCACGGCAGCUGGAAUGUUCAAGUUGCUUUUUGGCUCUCUCAAUGGGAAAAUAUCAACGGUCUCCCUAUAUGCCUUGCCUGUUUGUUUACUAUGGAUUUUCACAGCAUUCCACCUAGGGCGGCGCCAGGCACAGCUUGCACGACACAAGAAAUUUUAUAGUGGUGAUCAUAUCUCAUGAUGUUCGAGCUUAUCUUCUCAACGGAAGCAUCAGACAUGCUCGGCCUCAUUGUGUGCAGUGGAACAGUUGCAGGUUGCAUCCUCAAUGGCUGGAGCUUCGGAGCUGGCAAGUGCUCCUCGAUGCAUCCCACUUGCAUUUUCUACUUUUCCAAUCGGGACCACAGCCAGUUCAGGUUUAUAUUGUUGUAGGCCAUGGAUUCACUCUAGUGGUUUAAAAAUCACGGCAGCAUUGAGAUACAGAACCAAAUUUGACUUUCCUGAAAUCACAUUUCCCUCUGGUUCUGUUCACAGAA